AUGCCUCCUAAAAAGCUAGCGACAAAGACACAACAGCAACCACGGCCAGCACAACAGAAACCGCAACCGAAAGCAGAGCCAACCUCACAAUCAGGACAGAAACAAUCAGCCAGCAAGAAUGCAGCAAAGCCAAAGCCAAAGCCCAGCAAUCAACAACAGAUCCCAGAGCAGGAGAUCAAGCAAUCCUCCUCCAUGAGCGCCUCCAUGGCACUGGAAGCAACCAAGAAAGCCUGGCAGCUACGCCAAGCAGCCCAUGGUGCUACCAACUCUCAAGCCCGCGAAGACGCACUCGCUGCAGCUGUCAACGCGGAGAUCGAAGCAGAGUCAUUCGGGAAGGCUGCCAAGUACACAAGAACCGGCGCCUUCCAAGGUCUCGCAGCUGGUGCGGGCCUCGGGGUGCAACCUGGUGUAACGAUAGGAAAGCUCACUGGUGCGCUUGUUGGCGGUGUUGUAUCUUCUGCUGGAGCAGUCCUCGCUGGUGGAAUCGGAUCUGUGUACGGGGCGAUCAACGGACCAAUGUGGGAUCUGGGGCAGAUGGCAGGGAAAGGUGUCAAUAGUAUCGCCAAAGAAUGGCUUCCGGACUGGGAUGUGACCCCGUCACAAAAGUCGGCUCUCGAAAAGAUGGUCAUAGGUGCUAAGCAGCAGCAGCAACCCAGUAAAGAAGAAUUGGAGGAGAUGGCAGCAGAUGACGGCGGCGUAUCUGCUAUGGAUAGCAACGAUUACCAGCAGUGGGUCACCGACUUGAGAAGCUAUGUUCCCAACAUGCCGAACAUGCCCAAGGCGCCGAAUAUGUCAAUGCCGAGCAUGCCGAAUAUGCCCAAAAUGCCGUGGGGAGGUGGCGGAGGAGAGCAGGCGAAACCGCAGCAGGCACAAACUCAAGCUAAAGCACCGCCGGUGCCGCAGCAAAGGCCGGCACCACAACAAAAGCCGGCACCGUCGCAGAAGCCGGCUGCACCACAGCAGCCAAACACCUCCGCAAAACGAACGCCUCCCACAAACGCAGCACCGGCAAAGCCUGCUCAGCAGACGCAACCCGCUCCUGCGAAGAGACCUGCGUCGGCGCAGCCUGCUGAAAAGAAGAAGCCUCCCAAGUUGAAUGCUCGUUCCACAGGAGGUACCACGACACCUCAGUCAGCGGCAGGAGCGAAGAAGGCGCCACCUAAGCUGCAGCCUAAGAAGUGA